GAAACCAGUGUCCUCGAAAUUUUCUUAAUUCUUUUCAUGGCCGGUAGAAAGCUGGUUCGAGAUUAUUUGCUUUCCAAGUCACGCCUCUUUCUUCAGCUCACGCACUCUCAACCACAGCAGGCCUCGAGUUCGAGAUUACUGUUGCCUCCGGCAAAUGGGUUUUCUGGGAAUCGUCGUUUCAGUGUAUUCAAUGAAUUUUCUAAGCAAGUGAAAGGCGAAGCGAAUAAGAAUUCAGAAUUUCAACAGUCAGUUAAGGAGUUGAAGGACAAAGCACGAGAGCUAAAAGGAGUGAAAGAAGACCUGAAAGUUAGAACAAAGCAGACUACUGAGCAGCUUUACAAGCAGGUGGAUGGCGCGUGGACAGAGGCCGAAGCAAAAGCGAAGAUGGUUUCUGCAAAUUUGAAGGAGAAGAUUUCUGCUGCCACAGAAGACGUGAAAGGAACUUUAGGAAUUGGGAAGGAGGAGGCUGCCGGAACGUCAGCUAAAACGGGUGAAAACGUUAAAGACGGAUCCAAGGCCUCGGAUGGGGAACAGGCAACCAAGCAGUCAGAUUCUGAUGAUACUGCAGAAACAUUAUUUGGAAAAUAUAAAUCAAGGAUUUCUACCUCAAAUGCUUCCUCAGCAUUCCAAAGAUUCAAGGAAGCAAAGUUCAUAGAUUUAGCAAAGAAGGGAUAUGAUAUUGUAAAGGAUGAGUUGAGCAGCAAUCCAAAAAAGAGAAAGCAUCUACAGCAUGACCCUUCUUCUUCAAAAGUUGAAAGAAGCACGAGAACAGAAGUUGUUUUUGUGCCCUCAAAGCAGUCUCCAUUGAAUAAGAAGUGGGAAGCAUUCAAAAAUAAGGUGCUAAGUCAUCCUAUAUUCAAGCGUAUUAAUGUGGUUACUGAUCCUGUUGUGACAAAGGGUCAGGAGAUUGCCGAGGACGUGCGGGAAAGAUGGGAAACAAGUGAUAGCCCGAUUGUUCAUAAAAUUCAAGACAUCAAUGAAACAAUCUUUCAGGAAACAGAUGCUGCGGCAACCAUUAAGGAGAUUCGCUAUCGAGAUCCGUCAUUCUCAUUGCCCGAGUUUGUUGCUGAAGUUCAGGAAGCUAUUAAACCAGUGUUGAAAGCGUACACCGAGGGAGAUGUUGAAACUUUGAAGAAGUUCUGCACCAAUGAGGUGAUUGAGCGGUGUAAAGCUGAGCAUAGUGCUUAUCAAAGCCAUGGCAUCUUUUUUGACAAUAAGAUUCUACAUAUAUCCGAGGUGGAGGUUAGAGAGACGAAAAUGAUGGGAACCUCCCCAGUUAUCAUCGUAGCGUUCCAAACACAGCAAGUUUAUUGCGUACGAGACAGAAAUGGCGCAAUAACAGAAGGUGGCCAGGAUACGAUCCACACGGUAUACUACGCGUGGGCAAUGCAACAGAUUGACCCCGAAGAGCUGGGCGAAGGCGCUAUUUACCCAAUAUGGAAACUAAGAGAAAUGCAACAGCUUGGAGUUCAAACCCUCAUCUAGUUCUUCGUACAUGUUAGGAUUUUUCUCAUUUGCUUGGUGUAAAACUUCUCUGGGUUUUGUUUUUCACUGCCAGGGAAACUUUAUAAGUGAAGAUUCCUUAUUUAUUAUUUAUUCGAAUAAAAAAUUCAACUCUACUGUGUAUAAA